AUGGCUUGUCAAAACCCCCCACCCAACACAUUAUUUAACAGCAGCUCAAAUGAGCAAAAAUCGAAGUCGGAAAAGGAGUGGAGCCCUUUUGGGCGUAGCUCCAAGGUCAAGAGGUCGCCACCAGCGAACAACGUUAAGGCAACUCCACCGCCUGCAACCUUUAAGGGCUCAAAUGAGUUCCCCCCACUAAGAUCUCCUUUGACAAGUGGAGAAGGAAAAGUAGACGUUGAACCGGCGUUGACGGGAACCCUCCUGGAAAGUACAGCGCCGAAAAUCAGCCCCCAGAGGUCGGAUCCCGAACUUCAGCGUUACCGUCAACAAUACGACGAUGCUGAUGAGGAGGAGUCUGACCUCCUGGUAGAGAUGAUGGACCUCAUCAAUAAUAUGGAGGGAACCUUGAAGCUCCGGACCAACGUAAACCGGUCAAUCAAGGACGGUCUCCCAAAGGUGAAGGAUCGGGUUGCCCGAGUUCUCGAAAUUAAAGGCUUGAUGAGACAGGCUAUAGUUAAUGAACGGGAGCUUGUGAACCAAGUUUUAGCCCCUAAACUGAACGACAAGGGCGGGAAUCAAAGGAAACGGGCAAGGAGCUCACCAGCGGAGAGCCCCGAUCUUCCUGAAUUGGCCAGUCAGCCUCUGUCAGAUGUCGAGCAGAAGGUCGAGGACAGGGCCACCCAGAUGACACCCCCUACUGAGCACACUCCAGCUCUAAAGAAGCGCCCUCAGCAAACCAGGGAGCUUGCCUCUCUCCCAACGGUUGACGGAAGCAGCUCUAUGAACUCUGCUGUGGCACCAUCAAAUGUGGGUAACUGGGAGAAGAGGCUUUCCCGCAAAGAAAAGAGGAAAUUGAGACGAAUGGAGGCUGUCUCUAACAAAGAACCUGCAGCAAGAGAUCGAAAGAUUGCUGACCCUGCUCCGGCGAGGGAGGUUCGUGGAAAGGCCCCCCCUGUUUCAAAGAAACCCAGGCCGAGAAAGCCCAGGGCUGAGGCAAUCCUGAUCAACCCCUUAGGGGGGCGCUCUUUUGCUGAAGUCUUGGGUCGACUCAAGUCUAAGGCCAAGCCAGAGGAGACGGAUACGAUUGUUAAGUCAAUCAGGUUUACCCAGAAUGGGAAAGUUCUCCUCGAGCUGGGGAAAUCUGGUGACCGAGUGGCUUUUGCUGCAAAGGUCAGAGAGGCUCUGGGGGACCACGGUACUGUUCGGGAACUCGAGCCUAGGACCUCGGUGGAGAUCCGGGACCUUGACGGUCUUUCGACUGAGGCUGAAGUCAGGGAGGCUAUCAACAAGGCCAUCCCUGAUAUCCAAAAUGCCGACUCCCUUAAAGUAUGGCUUACGCGGCCCAACCGCAGCGAGCAACGCAUAGCUAUCGCUGAAAUGCGAAACCAAGAUGACAGCAAGCUGCUUAAUCUCACACACCUGAGAAUUGGAUGGGUCAAUUGCAGGCUCAGACGGAGGGUGGUUGUACCGCGAUGCUUUCGCUGCCUCGGGUUUGGUCACUCUUACCGAAACUGUAAAGGACCCGACCUAUCCAAGAAUUGUUUCAGGUGUGGCGGCUCGGGCCACAACAGGAAGAACUAUACCGCAGCAGAGCGUUGUUUUCUCUGCGCAGAGAAAGGCCUAAAGGACGCCUCAUUAGGUCACAUUCCAGGGGCUGGGCGAUGCAGUGUUUUCAAGGCUGCACUCGACCUUGAGAAGGCUAGGUCUAGGAAAACGGCUGACUCCCUCUUAGAUCAGCUGGCCCAAGAGAUCGGUGCGGACACCCUUCUGAUCAGCGAGCAGUACCGUGACAGGGACCCACACUUCUGGUUCCCAGAUUCUCUUGGUACUGCCGCUUGUUGGGUUCGAAACAGCACGGAAGCACCAGUGCGAGAUCACGGACGCGGCCGAGGCUUCGUUUGGGUCAGGUGUAGGGACGUCACGUUUUUUAGUGUCUACCUUACCCCCAACGAGCCAAUUCGGGAAUUCCGUCUGAAGAUUGACCGCUUAGAAGACAGUGUACGGGGUACCGUUGGGCAUGUCGUUGUUGCUGGUGAUUUUAAUGCGAGGGCUGUGGAGUGGGGUAUGACCUCUACAAACUCCCGGGGGAAAUACAUCCUGGACUUUGCCGCCAGGGCCGGACUUGUCGUCUUAAACGAGGGCGACACGCCUACUUUCCGGCGCCCCGGCAUGAGAGGUACGAUCCCCGAUAUCUCCUUCUCGUCGGAAUCACUAUUAGCACGGAUCUCCAACUGGAGGGUCAUCGAAGACCUCACGGCAAGUGAUCAUCAGUACAUCGUUUUUGAUAUACUGGAUGAACACCACAAUCAGGCGCCUGUAUCACGAUCUGGACCACGCCGAUGGAAUACGGACAAGCUGGAUGUUGAGAAGUUCACUGACGUAAUCUCACGGGGAGCGCUGGUGAAUUCUGCUGCACCUGUUGACGCCGAGGCAUUGGUAACGUCCACGAUGGAACUGAUUGUCUCGGCUUGUGACCAGGCCAUGCCACGCAGGGGACGCCGUCGCGAUAAGCAAGCUGUGUACUGGUGGACUUAA